AGGGGAAGAGUAGAUAAACAGAAUAUCUGAAGUCUCUAGAAUACGUCUCCCUCUCUCAUCACACAGAAAGAUCACGCUUAGCACCUAAUAUAUUGUUAUUCUAAGCACAUGGAAAGUUCACGCUUAGCACCUAAUAUAAAUUUGACGAGAGAGAGAGAGAGUUUGUUCUAUAUAAUAAAGUUUGAUUGUUGAUCCAAGCCUCCGCUUUAAAUAAUAUAUAUGUCGCGUGUAUAUACACGUUUAUGCAUAUAAGUUUGACAACAUCAGUAUAUAUAAGUUUGACGAGAGAGAGAGAGAGAGAGAGAAUGGCAGGGAAUCAGUGCUGCUCUAAUCCACCAGUUAUGGAUCCAGGCAGCGGCGAAGGCAGCGUUGAAGAACUGGGAGGGCUCAAAGUUUACACCUCUGGUUCCCCCAGCUCCAAAAUGGCCGUUAUUCUCAUCUCUGACGUUUUUGGAUAUGAGGCCCCAAACAUAAGGAUGGUGGCCGACAAGGUUGCGGCUUCUGGAUUCUUUGUUGUUGUUCCUGACUUCUUCCACGGCGAUCCUUUUGCAUACAGCAAUAAUAAACCUCUAGCAGUUUGGUUAAAGGAUCACGGAACAGAUAAGGGAUUCGAAGAAGUGAAACCUGUGGUUGAAGCUCUGAAAUCUAAGGGUUUCUCUUCACUUGGGGCCGCAGGCUUCUGUUGGGGUGCCAAGGUUGUAACUGAAAUUUCAAAGUCUAAAUCUAUUAUUCAAGCUGCUGUGCUCUUGCACCCUUCCUUUGUCACAUUGGACGACAUUACAGGAGUUAAUGUUCCCAUUGCAAUAUUGGGUGCUGAGAUUGAUGAUUAUUCUCCGCCGGCUCUCUUGAAACAGUUCGAGGCAAUCUUAAUUGCCAAACCUGAGGUUGAUAGCCAUGUGGAGAUAUUCCCCAACGUUAAACAUGGUUGGACCUUGAGGUACAACGUUAACGAUGAAGCAGCUGUAAAUUCUGCAGAGGAAGCCCAUAGGAAGAUGUUGGAGUGGUUCUCUAAGUAUGUCAAUUAGUGACGUUCAAAUUUUCUAGCAAGAAAAAUAAAACCGAAUUCAAGCUAGAUGGAUCUUAUUUUGAUAAAUUGCCCAAUAUUUCUGUCUUGUAUGGUUCGGAGAAUUGCACUUUGAAUUAUUGGUAGUGUUUUUGGCAAAUAAGCAGGAUUCAA